CCUGGUGGGUAUGAGUACGAGAUAGUAAUAUCCGGUGUGUAUUUACACAUUGCUAUCUCGCGUUUUUAUUACUACAUACACAAUGGUAGUGUUCGGUUUACCGUGACAGCCUAAAACCCUAUUGGGACGGCGGCCACCUCUUCGUCGUCAAGAACGCCGCCGCAGACAUGCGCCCCUUCCACACUCCCCGCCCCAACCAACAUCACCGCGCACGGCCCGGCGGCGACCCGGGCCCGCCUCACCUUCCCGGUACCCCCAUGCACCCCGCCUUCCCGCCACCUGUCCCCAACCUCGCCGCCGCCGCCAACCCCAUGGCUGCAGCGGCGGCGGCCAACCCUUUCCUGGCGCUGCAGCUUCUAGGCCAGGCCCAGCAGCUCCAGAAUCUCGGUUUCCUCGCCGCCGCCGCGCUCCAGAAGCAGCAGCAGCAGGCGCCGUUCUUUCCUGGAGGGUUCCCUUCGAACCCCAAUCAGUUUGCGCCUUUCGCGGGUGGCCCCCCGCCUGUCGGUUUCAAUGGCGGCGGGGCGUUUCGACCGGGCGGUGCUUGGAUUUGUGGGCCGCGGCCACCCAGUCCCAUGAUGAGCCCUGCGGGGAACGGUUCCAACAACAACAACAUCGCUGGAAGCGGUGGAGCGUCGAGGCCGAUUUUCAACGUUGGGAGGAAGGACCACAACAAUAUAGCUGGCAGCGGUGGCAUGCCGAGGCCGAUUCUCGACGCUGGGAGGAAGGACCGGGAUAGCAGUGCUGGCGGCAACGGCGAGCCGUAUCACUUUGAGAAUAGAGCGGAUGGCAUAUCUAAUUUUGUCUCUGAAAAUGGGAACAAAAUAACAGACCAGAAAUCAGGAUUUAGCGUUGGAAGAGAUGGUAGAGGUGGCAGGCAAUUUGGUGCAUUUAGAGGGAGGGGCAGAGGAAGGCAUCCUAAUCAAAAUCGUGGAAGAGGAAGCAACAACUGGGGAGAAAUAAAAUCAAACUUCAUGGGACACAAAAGUUCAGCAUCAAAGCAUUGCAGUGAUAUUGCAGCUCCAGCAUCUGGAGGACGCCGAAAGCCCCCUCCAAUAAUUUAUGAUGCAAAUGAAGUUAAACAGUGGGUAGAGGCACGAAAAAAGAACUACCCUACAAGUGUCAACGUAAAUAAGAAGUUGUCUGAGAUGAAAUCAGAUAAUGAAAACAAGGACAAAGAUGCCCAACUGCGACGUCAGGUUGAACUGAAGGAAGUCAUAGCAAAGCAACAAGAGCUGGGUUUUGACCCACCUGAGCUACCGCCUGGCUAUCUAUCAGAAAUUGGGGAUCAAUGCAUUGAAAAUAAAAAUAAUAGGAAAACUCAAUUCAGGGAUUCUCAUUUUGGAAAUCGUUUCAAUAAUAACAAAAGAUCAAGGUAUGAGCGUGGAGGUUUUCAGUCUAAAAGAUCUAAGGUAUGGAACUGUACUCCUCACGCUGAUCACGGGAUGGUCAAGAGCAGAGAACCAACCCUCCUGCAGAAGCUUCUUAGCUCUGAUAUCAAGAGGGAUAGACAUAGACUUCUUCACGUGUUCAGAUUCAUGACCUUGAACAAUUUCUUUAAGGACUGGCCUGACAGGCCUUUACAGUUUCCUAGUGUUAAGAUGAAUCAGAUUGAAAUAGGAAGCAAUAUUAGCACAGAUGACUUGGAGAAUGCUGGGAUGUCCAAAGACAGCAUCCUUGGUGUAAACGAAAAUGGUGAUUGGAAAGAGUUGAGCUCGAUUGAUGAAGAGGAUACCGAUAGCGCCAACCACAAUGAUGAAGACGUCGAUGAUGACAGUGUUGACAGCAGCAUUGAGGAUGGGGCCGAGGAGGACGGGUACGAAGAGCAGUUUAAUGAGCCUGAAGAUGAUACGGCAGUCUGAAUUUGACUGGGCCGGGUAUCCACAUCAAAAAGACAAAGCGCUUCUUCUUGAGUAGAGUUUUUGCACAACACAUUCUGUAGCUCUUCGCAUAUUCCUGUUCCAGGAGAGGGUCUGGUGUUUAAAGAAACUUUGUACUUUGUUGUAGUUGAAUUGUUAUGUUAUCGCCGGGAAUAUAUAUACAAUAUGCGGACGUGUUCUCUGUCCUUUUCUGAAUGUAUACAAAAGAGUAAAAUGUAUUAGGAGUCUUUGAAAUUAACAUGUGUUAUUUGGGUCCCGAA